AUGCACUACCAGCGCCUUGCUCUGCUCCCACAGCAGCUGCACAUUGUUAUUCAAGCAAGAUGCGCAUCAACCAGCUCAAGUCCCUUCCCCUUCCCUCCCCAUCCCGACCCGACGCCUCACCAGAUAUUUCACUUACCGUACAACGCGUCGCAACAGGAUAUCAAGGCUAGGUACUACGAACUUGUUCGGCAACACCACCCAGAUUCGCUCUCCUGUCGCGAUCUUCCCUCGUCAGACCGUCAGGCUCGUUUCCAGGCGAUAGCACAUGCAUAUGAUACGCUUCGAGGCAAGAACCUCCAGACGGGUACCCGAAGGGACUGGGGAGAGUAUGCAGACGAGUUGCAGCGAAGGAAGAGAAGAUGGGAUCGACAGCAAUCGGCAAGAUACAAUUAUGCUAACCCACCUAGAUACAAGUGGGAGUCGAAUGUCGACGACCGGUGGAAGGAUAAUAUGAUCUUGACUAUCGGAGUCGUGUCCCUGGUGCUAGGCAUCGCUCCUAGUCUCUUGAUGCUUCCUUUUUCAAUACAGAAAACGCGCCAAAAGCAUCUCGAGGCCGCGUCUGACUAUUCCAAAGUACGGACAGAGGCUGUAGAAGAAGGUGACGAACGAAGGCAGGGCAUGAAGAGGCACAUCAAGGAAAUGAAGACGGAGAAGGAUCCUACGAUAGAUAAGCCAUGCGUUAAUGCAUGA